AUGUUGGUGUUCUGCGGUAUUGCAAAUCCGCUUCUGUUGUGGGAGAAAUAUCGACAUCUUCUGUCCGAAGACUUCCUAAGAGCUCCAAGAUGCACUACUGGAGAUAAUACUGAGGCAACUGAUGAGCACGUUCUAAACAGUUGCUUUAGUUCACUUCAAGACAUAGUCAUUUCGAUUGGCUGCAGUUCUCUGGUGGAUUAUGGGCUACCGUUUCCACAACAUCUGGAUGUACAAAAGCGUGGAAACAGAGAGUACAACUCUGAAAUAAAUUAUGAUCCAAGAGCUAUGAGUACCGUCGUCAAUGACCAUGCCUGUAAAUUUACCUCAGAGCAAAAGCAAAUUUUCGACACCAUCCUUGAAAGUGUUGGGCUCGGCCAAGACGAUGAUGGAAUAGUCUCCCACGAACUAGAGCAAAUGAGGAGUAUAUUGGAAGAGUCGAUGCUGGAAACGCGCACCAUGCCUCUCGAAAAUCGACCGCGACUUCCCCGCAUACCCCUUAGCAAGCGAAAUCGGGCUGUCGUGCGGGCUCUUAACCCAAUGCUGGUGACCUAUUUGGAAGCCAGCCGGGACCUUUGCGAGACGGAUUCAGUUCUUUUUGGCGCCGCACUGGCAGCAUGCCGUAUUAUUGGCGCCAAACUUCCCGUGGCUGGACGCGCUACUCAAAAAAAGUAG